AUGUUGGAACAACUAAAUCAUCAUCGUCAGCGAAAGGAUCGCCAAAUGGACAAUUAUUUGGAUUUCCUGCAUUCUGCUUUUGUCGCUGCUCCUACUAAACCUCGCAAGUUCAGAACCAAUGGUGUUUGGCCUAUUAAGUGCAGGAGAUUCAGCCAUCAUUGGAGGGUUUGCAUCCAUUUCUGCAUACACUUGGCUGCUAGUAUUUGUUUCUUCCUCGAAAGUACAGAACUUGUGGCAGCGGUCUCUUCAGAUGGUGGUCGAACUGGAAUCUUUCGUUUAGUAUCACGAGGAGAAUAUAACUAUAGGAGGAGGAUAGGAAUUCGUGACUUCUUUGGUAUUUUCAAUGGACUGUUCAUCUGA